CGUGCGUGCGUGCGUAAGAUAUAGGCGUACGUGUUAAUUUUUGUGUUUGGGGGGAGGUGGCUUUCAGCUAUUCUGAGAUUUAUUGAUAUAUUUCACGGAGUACCCAUCUAAACAAAUGCAAUGAUGCGGUUCAACAUGGUACAACUAGCAAAAGAGCUGAAAUGACGUUUACCAAAAAAAAAAAAAAAUGUGGUGCUCUCUUGCAGACGCCCUAGUCCUGGUUUACAGCUGCUUUGGUGUGCUCGCCAUUCUGUCAGCCUACGUGAUCGCCUAUUGCUCCUGCAGCCUUGGCAAAGCCUACGCCAUCACGUUGGUCGUAUACGCUGUCGUAGGUUCGCUGUGCAUGGAGGCGUGCCUGUUCUUGGCGACGACGGUCGGCAGCGAGGACGCGUGGCCGCUGUGCACCGCUCUGCCGCCGUGCGCGGUGCCCGUGGCAGUCCUCAAGGUGAUCGUGCUCGAGUGGGUGCGCCUCACCUGCGAGCACAUGGCCGCCACGCCGGUCGAGAACACCACGGCGCUGCGCGCGCUGUGCAGGGACGCCCGCGACUACCGCAUCACGUACCGCGAGGAGUUCUUCGUCGGGCUCCUCAAGCUGCCCGUGGACAUGUGCUGCGCCGCGCUCACGGAGGGGGCUCCGUCCGUGUCGUGGAGCCCGCUCGAGCUGAACCCGGCCGCGGUGGGCACGGAGCUGUGCCUGCUGGCUGCAUACGUGCUGCUGCUCUUCGCUUACAUCAGCUGCCGCGACUCGGGACGACUCUUCUGCACCGAGUCGGCAGGGACGCCAGACCACCGAAAGCUGCCAAGGAAGGACGUGCCGGAAGUAGAAGCGCAGGUCGGAGGAAGCACUGAGCGCCUGCUGUACUUGAAGAACAAGUACUGA